AUGAGUGGGAUUGGCUUUGCUUUGCAACUUGAGCAGGUUAAACUUGGGGUGGGGUGGGGUGGUGAGGCGGUCCGUGGGGUGCUCCCCGAGCUGAGCAGCGAGGAAGACGACUACAUGAGACGGGUAUCACUGGCUGUACUGCAGGAGGCCCGAGGUAGCAACGUCUUCUUCGCUGACCUGGACUUUCUUCACGCGGCACUCGUGCAGCAGCUUCUCCCCGCUGCUCCGGAGCUCAACCACUUUGCAGCUCAUGUCCACCACCACCAGCUCGGGGGGCGCCACCAAGAGCCUGGACUUGUUCACUACGACAGGCAGGCUCCCAGAAACAGCCGUACUGCUGUCGUAUUGCCACAGAUUUUGAGACGGGCAACGGAAAUGGUGGGCGCCCGCCACGACGGCAAUAAGGACGUGGUGGCGGGCGUGUGGGGCCGUGUGGAUGUGGGGACAUUCGUGGAGGCGUGUCGGCAGGUCAUGGCCGGUCUGCGUCCCGACGAGGAGCAGUACAUAGCGGCCCUGGCUUCGGAGCAGGUACCCUCCGGCAGUCCGUACAUCCGCGACCUGCCCUUCCUGGACAAGUGCCUGCAGCAGGGCAGGACACCCACCUCGAUCAAGGGUCCGGAUCUACUGCCCGCCAUCUUCCUGAACACCACCACCAGCGGGCAGCUGGACGGCGGCUCACUGCGGCACACGGGGGGUCGCAUCUUCUGA